CGCCGCCUCACCCGACCUGGCUGCCUCACUACAUUUCUAUUCCCCUCUCGAGCCCAAACCCUAAACCUAAACCUCUCACCCGCCGCCGCCGCCACCGUCACCGACAGCACCACCACCACCACUCCCUCCGCCGUCCCGGGGCUCCAUCCCACCGCCGCCGACUUCCACCUCGGAUUGAAGCAAUGUCGUCGGACGAUGAGGUCAGGGAGGAGAAGGAGCUCGACCUCUCCUCCAACGACGUCGUCACUAAGUACAAGGCUGCCGCCGAAAUCCUCAACAAUGCUCUGAAGCUGGUUGUGUCUGAGUGCAAACCAAAAGCCAAGAUUGUUGACCUUUGUGAGAAGGGUGACUCUUUCAUAAGAGAGCAAACUGGGAAUGUCUACAAGAAUGCAAAGAGGAAGAUUGAAAGGGGCAUUGCUUUCCCAACCUGUGUAUCUGUGAACAACACAGUCUGCCACUUCUCACCGCUUGCCACAGAUGAUGCAGUUCUGGAAGAAAAUGAUAUGGUUAAAAUUGAUAUGGGCUGUCAUAUUGAUGGCUUUAUCGCUGUGGUGGCACACACACAUGUAAUUACAAGUGGGCCUGUCACAGGAAGAGCAGCUGAUGUUCUUGCUGCUGCCAACACAGCAGCAGAAGUUGCUGUGAGGCUUGUGAGACCUGGGAAGAAGAAUAAGGAUGUUACUGAAGCAAUCCAGAAGGUUGCUGCUGCUUAUGAUUGCAAAAUUGUGGAAGGUGUUCUUAGCCAUCAACUGAAACAAUUUGUGAUUGAUGGUAACAAAGUGGUGCUCAGUGUCUCCAAUGCUGAUACAAAGGUUGAUGAUGCUGAAUUUGAAGAAAAUGAAGUCUACGCAAUCGAUAUUGUCACCAGUACUGGGGAGGGGAAGCCCAAGUUAUUGGAUGAGAAGCAGACCACUAUCUACAAAAGGGCUGUAGACAAGAAUUAUCACUUGAAGAUGAAAGCAUCAAGGUUCAUUUUCAGUGAGAUCAGCCAGAAAUUCCCAAUCAUGCCUUUCACUGCUAGGGCAUUAGAAGAGAAGCGUGCACGCUUAGGCUUGGUGGAAUGCAUGAACCAUGAGCUAUUGCAGCCGUACCCUGUACUUCAUGAGAAGCCAGGUGAUCUUGUUGCACACAUAAAGUUCACUGUGCUUCUGAUGCCCAAUGGAUCAGAUAAGAUUACAUCACAUCCGCUACAGGAGUUAAAGCCCACAAAAUCCAUUGAAGACAAUGCUGAGAUAAAGGCAUGGCUUGCUUUGGGGACAAAAUCAAAGAAGAAGGGUGGUGGAAAGAAGAAGAAAGGCAAGAAAGGAGAUGCAGCAGAAGCAGAUCCCAUGGAGGCGACAAACGGUGCAAGCCAAGAAUAAUUCUGAUUUUUGGAAUUACUGCCUCCAGCCUUUUUUCUUGUUUCUUCACUGCAUCUGAUGGUGUUAUAUUACAUUCAGUUGUGGAAAAAAUUGAGUACUUUUUCUAGUGUCUUAAGAAAUGAAGCAUCCUGCUGCACAUUAUCGCAUCUAAUGGCACAAAGUGAAUUAUCUACGAGGCAUGCUCAGCGUUGGUUA